AUGGCAGAUCAAUCUAAUGAUGAUGCUCAAGGUACAUCAGAUGAUCGAGUUUUUAAUCGGUACGAUACAAUAUUGUUUCUCGAUCAAUUUCAAUCUGUAAACAGCAGCUCGGGAGAUAAUUCAGAUACAACCUUAUUGUCAUCCGUCCAAAGUUCAGAGGAUUCUUUUAAUAAUGAAUACGCCAGUUCUCCUAGUCUUAAUGGGCAACCAACGAUAUCAUCUAUGCCUGAUGAUCAUAUUAAUGCAGAAUUAUUUCCUGGUGCACCCUUGGGGACCGCACACUCUUUUAACGUACCAGUCAAUGAAGUGACUGUUACUACACCUCCUUCUGGCGUGGAUGAAAAUAACACGGAGACAGUUGCUGAUACAUCAUGUGAACCCGAUCUGAAUGAUUCAGAGCAUCAUGCUGAAGAAACAAGUUUAGUAAUCUUUCACGAAUCGAUUGCAGGAAUAAUAAUGACUGUUAAAACUGAUCCACCAGCUAGUCUUCGUCUUCGCUAUGACUCUGAUGAUCGCCGUCGAAUACCAAAUUCUCUUACAAAUCCUAUGGAGAUUGAUAUAUCCAAUUUAAGAAACAUUAAAUUAAGCUCUAAUCAAUCAUUUUAUAUUCGAUUGGUGCUAGCUGCACGGAUCGAAAAUUCAUCAGACCAAAUAUAUCAUCAUCCAAAUAAACUAAAAUAUCAUUCCGAUGAUGCACAAAUAUUAAACGAUGGAACAAUUUGUGUUCCUUUAACUUCAGAUGAUAUCAACAAAGGAACAGUAGCGUAUGAUCAUGUUUGUUUUUAUUAA